UUCUUCCACUCCACAUCUCAAUCUUUCUUCACAAACACUAAUAGAAAAAACAAAAAACAGAGGAGAAUGGCCACACAAGUAGCUUCCAUCCCCAGAGUGGAGAUGCUUGCGAGUGCAGGCAUCCAAGCAAUACCGACGGAGUACGUCCGUCCUGAGGCAGAGCGGAACAGCAUCGGCGAUGUGUUCGAGGAGGAGAAGAAAUUGGUGGGACCCCAAAUCCCUGUCGUUGAUUUGAUGGGCUUGGAAUGGGAGAACGAGGAGGCUUUCAAGAAAGUGGAGGAGGAUAUGAAGAAGGCGGCGUCAGAAUGGGGUGUGAUGCAUAUCAUCAACCAUGGGAUCUCUAUGGAGCUCAUGGACCGUGUUCGGAUUGCUGGGAAAGCUUUUUUCGAUCUGCCAAUCGAGGAGAAGGAGAUAUAUGCCAACGAUCAGGCUUCAGGGAAGAUUGCUGGCUAUGGAAGUAAGCUUGCUAACAAUGCAAGCGGGCAGCUUGAGUGGGAGGAUUAUUUCUUCCAUCUCAUCUUUCCUGAAGAUAAGCGAGAUAUGUCUAUCUGGCCUAAGCAGCCCAGCGACUACGUCGAGGCUACCGAAGAAUUCGCAACGCAGCUGAGAGGACUGGUAACCAAAGUGCUAGUACUGCUGUCUCGCGGACUAGGAGUAGAAGAAGACCGUCUCGAGAAGGAGUUCGGCGGCAUGGAGGAGUUGUUACUACAGAUGAAAAUCAACUACUACCCAAAAUGCCCUCAGCCAGACCUAGCUCUAGGCGUGGAGGCCCACACUGACGUGAGUGCACUCACCUUCAUACUCCAUAACAUGGUCCCAGGCCUUCAGGUCUUCUUCGACGACAAGUGGGUGACGGCCAAGUGCAUACCUGGCGCGCUCGUGGUCCAUAUCGGCGACAGUCUCGAGAUCUUAAGUAAUGGAAAGUACAGGAGCAUCCUCCAUAGGGGCCUCGUCAAUAAGGAGAAGGUCAGGAUUUCCUGGGCCAUUUUCUGCGAGCCUCCUAAAGAGAAGGUCGUCCUCCAGCCACUGCCAGAGCUGGUUUCUGAGGCUGAGCCUGCACGCUUCACCCCUCGUACGUUCUCUCAGCACGUGCGCCAAAAGUUGUUCAAGAAGCAGCAAGACGCUCUCGAAAACCUCAAAUCCGGAUAAGAGAGUCAUUGCCCUCUCUCUCUCAAAUCCGAAUAAGAGAGUCAUUGCCCUCUCUCUCUC